AUGGCCCUUCCCCGGACCCCUCAGAAGACAGGGAGGGAGCUGCAGCAUCUGGUCGAUUCGCUGAACGAUCGAUUCUUCCUCGACCUCCCCAAUCCCCUAUUCUCCUCGCCUUCCAUGACGGAGGGGAAGGAGAAGCCGCCCGGGCUGAUCUGUUACCUUGGCAUCAAGCGGUUGUUCUACAAUCGCAACGUGGACCAUCUGCAUCGGGUCCUGGAUAAUUUCGAGGAAUGGGCGAUCUCCCGGCGGAAUGAGCGGCAGCGUGGGCGGGGGAUGAGACAGCAGCAGCAGCAGCAAAAGUCCAACGGAGAUAGGCUAAUGCGCCCGUCGCGCGACGACCAAGACGCACAUAUUCGGUAUCUGAAGAAGCUGAUCGAUGAUGAAAUUUGGCUGUUGAACAAUGGUGCCUUUUCCCCGCUGGCUGAGGAUGUCGAGUCGCAAGGCCGCCGACUGGCGGAGCAGUUGCUACCCCGGCCACCAUCGAAGAGAAGGUUAUCGUCCGACAAUGAGGAUGAGGACGAGGACGAGGACGGGGAGUCUUCGGAUUUCCACACGGCCCCGAGUUCGCCGGUGAAGCAUUCGUGCUCACCGAUCAGGACCCUGGAUUUCACGCGCACGGCACCGGCUGCCAUUGCGGACGAGUUCCUCGACUCGGAUCUCGAAGAGGGGAAUUGGAACUUGAAUAAUGGACGCACGGGGCAAGCGACACAGAAUGACACUCUCGCGGUAUCGACUGCCCCGCGCCAGAACCCGACAAGACAGACAUCGACCGUUUCAGUCGGUGCCGGGCCGACGUUCUGGUCGGAAGCAGGACCGUCCGGUAGAACAAGCUUGCUGAAGAAGAGCUUCUCGACCGUCGCCACUUCCUUCAUGUCAGACACCGAUACCAUACCGAUGAAUACCUCCUUUGCCAAUACAACGAUCACCGAGCCGGACGCGGGCGGCGAUGACGAUGAGACGGACAGCCAAUCUGUUUACGAGUACCUGCUGGCGUCGCACGCAAUGGAGCUCUUUGACGGAGUCAACGGAGUCAACGGGAUGAACCCGAAGGGCGCGCGUAUGGUGGCCGAGGCCAACAGCAUCAUCGACCAGAAGAUCCUCGACCGCCUGCUGACCUAUGGGCCAUUCUCCGUCGAGCAGUCCUUCCCGCGGUCCAUCCCGCUGCGACACCGGUACGAACUCGAGAGAAUCGGGAGGGCAUGGAAGGUGCCCCUGAAGGAAAUGCUGGUGGGCGACACCAUCUCGUUCCAAUCGCACGAGGACUUUUGGAAAUGGAUCGAGCGCCACAGUCGACGAGGCAACGCCGGGCUUCCGGAGAAGUCCUCGCGUAAGGCCUGGGACGCGGCGGUCGAGCAGUUCAAAACCGACAAACAUUCCGAGGUGGUUGUGCUGACGGGCGAUCUGGACUGGUGCAGUCCCUCGGAGCCCGGGAUCCUCAAGCUGAGGCUCAACCCCUUACGGACUGAACGGACGUGUCGAUUUCGUCGACGCUUCGGGGCUGACCGUUUCAUGAGCCUCACCAUCCCGGCACCGUCACGCCCACCGAACCAUCUGCGGAUCGAAUCGCACCCGACCCUGUUGAGAGAGAGCAUCGCCUCCUGGCUGACGCAGAACGUGCAUUCCUGCCUGGGGCGGAAAUGGAGACCGUUCUACGUCGAAGAGGUCAAGCUGAAACGCAAAUCCAAUAAAGGCUUCGCCGAGCCACGAUUCCGAGUAGACUUUUUCGCAGUCGACGGCGUCGACUUUGACCAGUACAGUCUGCGGCCGAUGCCUGCCAUCUCCCCCGCCCGCCAGGACUGCGACAGACACACGCCGAUGAGCCUCGAGGCCCUGGUCAACUGGCACAUGCCGCCCGAAGCGAACCGGAACCAGAGCAACUGCAAGCUCUUCCAGCGGUUUUCGCUGGGUCUGUCCAAGACGUAUGCGACUGUGGUGCUGAAACCGGCGCAGAUCCUGCAUCUGAAAGAUCUGCCUGGCCGCCCGGUCAUGAACGACGGGUGUGCGCUCAUGUCGCGCUCUGUGGCAAAUGCCAUCUGCGACCAUCUGGGGAUGACGGGCAACACGCCCAGCUGCUUCCAGGGCAGGAUUGCCGGCGCCAAGGGCCUGUGGAUGGUAGACCGGCACGAGUCGCCCCUUGCGGGCGAGGACAACGAUCCCUUCUGGAUCCAGAUCACGGAUUCCCAGUUGAAGAUCAAGCCUCAUCCACGCGACUGGACGGGCCCUCUCGAUGACGAGCAGCUGACCUUUGAGGUGCUGAACUGGUCGAAACCGCUGCACCCGGUCGACUUGAACGUCCAGCUGCUGGCCAUCCUGGAGCACGGCGGGCCGAUGAAGGAGUACAUUGCCGAACUGACGCGGCGCGGGAUCCGCGAGCUGUAUCAGGACUUUGCGGCCGUGCUGCAGGCUGACAGCAGUGUGCUGUGUCGGGGUCUGGUGCAGAAACUACGGCCGCCCGGGCCCGACGGUGCCAUGAUGAUGGCCAUGAGGAUCAAACGAUUGGAACAGUGGAUGAUGGACGACGCGGAAUACAUCAUCCGGCUCUCCGAGGCUGGGUUCUCGCCCCGCUGCUUUCUGCCCCUACGGAAGCGCCUGAGGAGGUUUCUACAAGAAGCACUGGACCGGCACGUCGAUGAGCUGCACAUCGAGGUGCCCUUGUCCACCUACGCAUACUGCAUUGCGGACCCGUACGGGGUCCUGCAGGAGGAUGAGGUGCAUUUCGAGUUUUCCAGCCAGUGGCAGGAUCCUCACGGUCAGUUCGAGGAUAACCUGCUCGACGGGGUGGACGUGCUGGUCGGCCGACUACCAGCACAUCUGCCGUCGGACAUUCAGCGCCGACGGGCAGUCUGGAAGCCAGAGCUGCGUCACUUCAAAGACGUUAUUGUGUUUCCGACAAAGGGGAAUACGCCUCUUGCACACCUAUUGUCCGGGGGCGACUACGAUGGGGACACGCCCUGGAUCUGCUGGGACCAGAAUAUUGUCUCCCAGUUUGCCAAUUGCAAGCCACCCCCGGAAGAAGAAGAAUACGGUUCCCAGCACUUUGGUCUCACGAACCAUUCCAUCCCCAUGGACCAGAUUCCGUCGAUGGACGAGUUCCUGCGCGGAACGUUCGCCUUCAACCUGACGCUGUCGAACCUCGGCCGAUGCACGGUCGAGCACGAGAAGCUCAAGUACGACGAGUCAAUCGACCAUAGCAAGGCAAAGGAACUGGCGUGCCUCCUGAGCCAUCUGGUCGACGGUCGGAAAGGCGGCGUCCACCUGUCGGAGCAGGCGUGGAAAGAAUACCGACGCACAAUCAGCCCACGGAUGCGAGAGGCGCCGGCGUACAAGAACCCGGAGCGGCGCCCAAAGAUGUCGAAUAUUAUCGACUACCUGAAGUUCCGUGUGGCUCGCACGGAGCGAGACGCCGUGCUGAAACAACUCAACGAUGCCUUCCCGGAGAAGGACAUUGUCCACCACAAAGACGAAGACCUGCUUCGCCCAUACCAGGAGGCGAUAGCAAUGGCGGAUGAAGACCGGCGGCAUGGCGGCCGUCUGCACGAUCUUCUAAAGGAGAUCGCCCGGGAGAUCCAGAAGCAGCAACGCGCCUGGACGGCCACCUUCCAGGGUGAGAGCAAGGAAUACUCGUCCAAAGCCGAGCAGGCCGUUGAGCGCGUACGCGCGAUUAACCCGCCCCCCGGUGACCAUCCGCUCUGCCACACCUGGCAGCAGAGCCCCGCGGAGUGGCUGAAGCAUCUCGCCUCGGCGACGUACGCGCGACACUGGCGGUCGAGCUUCCCCUUCCACGCCUUCGGCGAGACGCUAUGCCAGAUCAAGGCCAGCCAGGCCCCGUCCCGGUCGGUUCGCAACGAGAUCCUCGCCUGCUACAAGGUCAGCCAGCGGAUGGUGCAGCAUCUGACGGCGACCGAUCAGCUAGAGGAGACGCCUGGCGGGUCGGACGCCGACGAUCAGGUGUAUGAGGGCGAGGACGCGAUCGAAGCCAUGCUGGUUGCAGGCUACGAGGUGGGUGAAGAGUUUGAUUUCGACGACGGCAAGUCUGUAGAGUAG